CCGCCGCAGCCGGGCCGCAGGUGGGGCGGGGAGGCGGCCGUGUCCCCCCGCCCCCGGCGGGCGCUGCCGUGAGGUGAGGGCCGGGCCGCUGCCGAGAGCGGGAACGGGCUCGGGCCCCGCGCUCCCCGCGGCCGGGCGGCCCAGGGCGGGCUCCUGGCAGGGGGGAGCAGCCUCUCCCCGAGGGCAUUCGCGUCCCUUCUGGCUGGCGGCGGGCAGGGGGAGCUGGCGGCGCCCCGCGGAGCGGGCGAUGGAUGGGGCGGGCGAGGCGGAUCUCUGCGGCGACGAGGCGGCGCCGCGCUGGAGGAGGAGGGCGACCCCCCGGCCGCAGCCCCGCGCCUGGAGCAAAGCCCGGCUGCAGUCGUACCAGAGCCCCAGCGGGGUGCUCUACACCGACUUCCCCGUAGGGGACAGGUGCAGCUGCUUCACCGUGACUCAGCCGGCCGGUACCGUCAGCACCUGCCCGGGCGGCGGAGCGCCGCGGAGGGGCCCCGCCAUGGGCUCCGUGUCCAACGGGAAGGUGCGGCCUCCAGCCCGCGAAGCGGUCUCCCCUGAGCCGCCCGCUCCGGCCUCUGACGCUCCGGUCGGCGUUAGCGCCAACGGCGCCGUCACCUCGCCGGGCAGCCCGCCGGGCCAUCAUCCCCUGAGGGUCCCCGGGCAGCCGGCACUGUCCCCGCAGCGGGAGCAGACCGCUCUCGCGGGCAGCCCGCAGCUCUCGCCCGCUGGCAGCGCAACCUCGCAGUGCAACCGGCUCCCCCGAGCGCCGGGCCGGCCGCCGCCGGGAUCCCCCGCGACCUCCCCGCCGCCCGGCGCGGCCGCCGCGGGCCCGCCCGCCGUCCUGAGCACCGACAGUCCGGCCGCCCGCAGGGUGGGCACGCAGCAGAUCAUCCCCAGGAGCCUGGCCUCCGAGAUAAAGGUGACGAGCAAGCACAGCGGCCAGAGCGCGGAGGCAAGCAGGAGGGUGCUGAAGGUGCGCAGCAUGGUGGAGAGCCUCAGCGCGCCGUUGGCGGCCGAUGCGGAGGAAGAAGCCGAGGGAGACCUGGACAGCCCGGGGACCCUGAGGCGCGGCCUGCGCUCGACGUCCUACCGCAGAGCCGUGGUGAGCGGCGUGGACUUCGACGGCUCUUCCAAUUUUAAGAAAAAAAACCGAAUGUCCCAGCCCAUACUUAAAGCGGUUGUUGAGGAUAAAGAGAAAUUUUCAAGCCUGGGCAGGAUGAAGAAGAAAAUGCUGAAAGGACAAGGGACAUUUGAUGGGGAAGAAAAUGCUGUAUUAUAUCAGAACUAUAAAGAAAAAGCUCUGGACAUAGAUUCCGAUGAAGAGUCUGAGCCCCGAGAGCAGAAGUUGGAUGAAAAGAUUGUUUUUCACUGUAAGCCCCUGAGAUCAACAUGGAGUCAGCUGUCUGUUGUGAAGAAGAAUGGAUUAUCUGAAGUGAUCAGCCAGGAAGAAAGAAAAAGACAGGAGGCAAUAUUUGAAGUGAUAUCUUCUGAGCAUUCUUAUUUGCUGAGCUUGGAGAUUCUCAUCCGGAUGUUUAAAAAUUCCAGGGAACUGAGCCUUACGAUGACCAAAACAGAGAGCCAUCACCUUUUCUCCAAUAUCACGGAUGUUUAUGAAGCAAGCAAAAAGUUCUUUAAAGAACUUGAAGCAAGACAUCAAAACAACAUCUUUAUUGAUGAUAUCAGUGAUAUAGUUGAAAAGCAUACCUCCUCAACGUUUGAUCCAUAUGUAAAAUACUGCACCAAUGAAGUCUAUCAGCAGCGAACGCUUCAGAAAUUACUAGCCACAAAUCCAGCAUUUAAAGAGGUGUUAUCACGGAUCGAGUCCCAUGAAGAUUGCCGGAAUUUACCAAUGAUCUCUUUCCUCAUUCUUCCCAUGCAGAGAGUUACUCGUCUCCCCUUACUGAUGGAUACUAUUUGUCAGAAAACUCCUAAGGAUUCAUCAAAAUACGAGAACUGCAAGCAAGCUCUGAAAGAAGUGAGCAAGCUGGUGCGUUUAUGCAACGAAGGUGCUCGGAAAAUGGAAAGGACGGAAAUGAUGUACACGAUCAACUCCCAACUGGAAUUUAAAAUCAAGCCAUUUCCACUGGUUUCCUCUUCACGAUGGUUAGUGAAAAGGGGUGAGUUAACAGCAUAUGUAGAAGACACCGGAAUUUUUUCUAAAAGGACUUCUAAACAGCAGUUGUACUUCUUCCUCUUUAAUGACGUCCUCAUUAUCACCAAGAAGAAAAGCGAAGAGAGUUACAAUGUCACAGAUUACUCUCUAAGGGACCGGCUGGUGGUCCAACAGUGCGACAGUGAGGACCUGACUUCUUCCCCUGUAAAGAACACCUCGACUGUGCUCUACUCACGGCAGAGUUCUGCAACUCACCUCUUCAGACUAGCCGUCCUCAGUAACCACGCAGGAGAGAGGGUGGAGAUGCUCCUGGGAGCAGAGACCCAGAGUGACAGAGCUCGCUGGAUUACAGUGCUUGGACAGGACAGAGACAGGCAGAAAACUGACAGGACAACUUUAACUCAGGUGGAGAUCAUCAGAACUUACACAGCAAAGCAGUCAGAUGAACUGUCUCUUCAAGUUGCCGACGUUGUUCUAGUUUAUCAAAAAGUAAACGAUGGUUGGUACGAAGGGGAACGACUGCGGGAUGGUGAGAGAGGCUGGUUUCCCGUGGAGUGCGCUAAAGAAAUCACAUGCCGCACCACAAUUGACAAGAACAUGGAACGGAUGGGCCGCUUACUUGGACUUGAAACCAACGUGUAGUCUGUUUUGCUUCUUUAUACUAUACCACAGGAUUUGCACUAAUUGUGCUGCUGUACCCCAUGGACAGCACGCUACAGCUCUCACACAGAAGGUGUGAGUCACCAAUGCAAAAAAUCUACUUAUUAAGAGCACUGAUGGUUCAGAUACUCAUCCCUUCUUGUUAUGCAUUUUGAGCGGUGUACUGAAACCUGGCUUGACCAGUAACAGAUUUCAACUAGAAGUAGUUUCUUAGGCACUAGAGAUCAGCCAUACAUCUUCCUGACUCAAAUAUCAGUUUCACCAUAUUUAGUCCCUCCAUCUGGUUUUGAGCAUUUUGGCUUUCUUUCAGAAGCAGAGCUCUUGUGCAGGAGACUAAAAACACCAGGAACUCCCCCCCCACCCAUAGAGCUAGAGGAGGACAGCAGUACUGAGGGUUUCCUGGUCCUCAAACUGCAGCAUUACAUUCCUCUGUAAGAAGCAAGCAGAUCCCUAAUCAGCCUUAGCAAACCUGACACAAGCUCCAGGGAGGAAUUCAGAGAGAAGUACCUCCCCAUACUUGUUCAGACAGCUCAGACAUUUUCUCCUUCUAGUGUUGCAGUGGUGAAAAGCUUUCUGAAAGCAAGAGGUAGGAACUCUGGACAAUAGAUGAUGUUGAUGAUCUCCUCCUCAGAUCCAUUUUAACAGAGGUGUUUUAAAGGAGUAGAACUGGAAACGCGUCCAUUUUGUUUCUGUUUUCCUUGUGUAUUAAUAUGAAGAUUUAGUUCAAGUUAACGCUUUUAAAGCAAGGGUUUUGAUGAGGACUAGAGAAAACAUGAAAUACUUUGUUAUGGGGUGGGGUGGGUGUUUUGGUAGGGAUUUUUUGUUUUGUUUCUUAGUCUUUCUGUACUUCCAUUCUGUGGAGGGAGAAGAACUAACUGAACUUCAGUUUACCUACAUCUUUAGUAUUUGCUAGCAUCACGUCGAACCUGCAGGCAAAAAUAAGGGAGAAUGAAGAGGUGUAGAGUUUUCUUAAGGUGCCAGGUCUUCUCAUGCUAUUAUAUGUAUGAAGAGUAGGACCACCACUGAGGAAAGACAUGGAAGGAGAAGGCUUAGCACUACGAUUUAACUUGGUAUUUUGUUACCUUUGCCUUCCCUGAUUGGCAGUGCCACUUGACGUCAUGAGGUGCUUCAGGCAAGAGCUGGGAGCCAAAAUACUACUCCAACCUUGCUCUCAGAGGAGCUCACAUUGGUGCUGCUUCACACAUACUCUUCUCUGCUUUAGAGAAGACUGCUCACAAUUGCACUACACAACACCUGCUAAAAUUUUUUGCAUCUGCAGUUUAGCUUUGGAGUUUCACAGAAGAGACAUCACUUGAUGUUGUGUGAACAAAAUGCACUCUAAGUAAAUUUCAGUGCAUCUUUUCUGUAUAUAAGCAUGACAGUUUGUACUAUUAAAAAUCUUCACCUUUUUAAGGACCAGCUGGUAACUCAACAGCAUAGAAUACACAUUCAACAAAACCAUGGGGAGAACAUGUAGUACAAAGGCUUUCUUAUUGUUGUAUUCCCCAUGUUUUUCAAGGGGUUGUAAGUUGUUUUAUAUACUGUAAUAUGUUGGUUCAAUUUGUGAAUGAAUUGUAUGUUUAUAGAAAUAUAUCUCUGUAACAAUUUUUAAAAUACAUUAGGAGGGCAAUAAUUUUGUACAAAAAUACUUACCUUGACAGUCUGACAGUGGUUAUACAGCCUUGUGAAUUAAUUUAUAAGUGGACUGAUAAAUAGUAGUGAGAAACUGUAAAUUGAACAAAGACUUAUUUAAUAAAGCAAAAAUACUGCUAAUAUUGUAACAAAUAUUAUUGUACACAGGCAGAUGUUUAACACAACUGGAUGUAUAAAUCCAGACAUUAAUUUUAUUCGGAUUUUUUAAUACCAUUGUAUGUAUUUUUCAUACCUACUUUUUCCAAAAAUAAUGUAAUGGUUUAUUUAAAGGCAUAUUUUUCCUGUUGCUGGACACAGUUCUUCAGGAAUUAGACAUCCAUGAUUUUACAGGACAACAAUCAAUAAAAUGUUUUUAAGUCCUUACUAAAAAAAGCUUCAGGUUUUUUUCAAGAAACACCAUUAUACUGCAAGUUGUUAACAUUCUUGUCAAAAGACAUUAAAUCUGUUCUGUAACCUG